AUGGCAAAAGCAUUGAUCGAUUCCGCAUUUCAUCCGACAGAAGUUAUCGCAUUACUCCAAUACAAUUUUAAUCGAUCGUCAUCGUCAUCUAUUCUGACUAACACGAAAAAAAUAGCAUCUUGGAGUAAAAGCAAAAUACGAUGUUACGAGUUUCUUAAUAUGACGUCGCGAUCUUUUGCGGCUGUUAUACAAGAAUUAAAUGAUGAGUUGAGAGAUGCGGUUUGCUUAUUCUACCUUGUUCUACGUGGACUGGAUACUAUUGAGGAUGAUAUGACAAUUCCAAUCGAGAAAAAAGUUUCUAUACUGAGAAGUUGGGAAGAGAUUAUUGUCACGGAUGGAUGGAAUUUCACAGAAAAUGGACCAAAUGAAAAAGACCGUCAGUUAUUGGUAGAAUAUCCAGUUGUCAUCGAAGAGUUAAAGAAUCUCAAUAAAACUUAUAAAGAAAUAAUUUUUGAUAUUGCCAAGCAAAUGGGUAAUGGAAUGGCCGACUACGCAACAAACGCUGCACAUAACAAGUUCGGUGUGAACACGGUAAAAGACUACGAUCAAUAUUGCUUUUAUGUGGCUGGAUUGGUUGGAUUAGGUCUAAGUAGCUUAUUUAGUGCUAGUGGUCUCGAGAGUCCCGAAGUAGGAAGGAACACGAAAUUAUCAAUUUCAAUGGGUUUAUUCCUCCAAAAAGCAAACAUUAUCCGAGAUUACCUCGAAGACUUGGAUGACAAUCGACGUUUUUGGCCAAAAGAAAUCUGGUCGCAAUACGUCAACGACCUAAGCGAUCUCAAAGACCCCGAGCACAAAAAACAAGCAAUCAACUGUCUAUCGAGAAUGUGUCUGGAUGCGUUACAACGCGCGCCCGAUUGUUUGACGUAUUUGAGUAAUAUACGUGAUCAAAAAAUUUUUAACUUCUGUGCUAUUCCUCAGGUGAUGGCUAUUGCUACUUUGGCGAUUCUUUUUCAAAAUUACCAGGUUUAUCAGAAAAAUGUAAAGAUUCGAAAAGGGGAAACUUUAAAGUUGAUUCAAAAAGCGACAAAUAUAUUGAAUGUAAUUGAUAUUUUUCGUCAUUACACCCGAGUAAUCAUCACAAAGAACAAUUCACGAGAUCCAAAUUUUUUAAAGAUUAGUAUUGCAUGUGGACAGAUUGAACAAUCGUGUCAAGCACUCGAAACCCGUUAUAAAUCAUUAUCCAACUCCAAAACGCUCAACAAAACCAGCGAAUUCAAUCUAUUUGAUGCGCAACUGUUCAUCUUAUUUGUCCUCCUCUUGUUGGUUACUACCGGAUGGGUUUUGAAUUUAUGGGAGAUUUGGGAAGAGGUUGUUAAUCAUUUUAGUAGGAUAGUAACAAACACAUCUUCCGUUGAUGUAUGA